GGCUGAACCGGAUAUGUAAAUGAAUUAAAAAACGAAAGUAAUUUUGGAGAACGGGAUGAUCGAACUGUUUCUGUUGAGCGAGAGAUACAAGGUCUCCUAGAUCAAGACUCUGUAGAGACAAAGAGAUGGGGAGCAACUGCACCAAAAGGACCAGAGAAGAGGAGAGCACUCACUCUGUCUCAAGGCGGGGAGAAGAGGGGAGCACUCACCCUGUCUUACGUCCGAUAUAUAGCUCUGAGAGCUAUUACAGCGCUUAUGGAUCUGCACAAUUUGAAGACGACCUGAUGGGGAGAGAACCAAUAUUCGGAUCCGCCCACCGUUUUGAGGAUGUUGAGACAGAGAAGAUAUGUGAGGAAACCGUGGAUGACAUCACACAGAUAGUUAAAGGGAAACUGAAAGCCAGUCUGAAGAAGAAGUUUAGAUGUGUAUUUGAAGGCACUGCUGAGGAACAAAAUGGACUUGAUAGCAUUUACACACAGCUCUACAUCACACAAGAAGAGGUUAAUAAAGAACAUGAGGUUCGACGGAUUGAAUAUCCAUCCAAGAGAAACAUAUCAGACACUCCAAUAAACUGCAAUGACAUCUUCAAACCCUUACCUGGAGAAGAGAAGAGACCUAUCAGAACUGUAAUGACAAAGGGAAUCACUGGCAUCGGAAAAACGAUCUCUGUACAUAAGUUCAUCCUCGACUGGGUAGAAGGAAACGCCAAUCAGGAUGUUGAUUUCAUCUUUGUGCUUCCUUUCCGAGAACUGAAUUUGAUUAAAGAUGAGCAGUACAGUCUUCAUGGACUUCUGAAUGACUUCCACCCUGAACUAACAGAGAUAGUAGAAGCAAAGAUUUAUGCUACCUGCAAAGUUCUGUUCAUCUUUGAUGGUCUGGAUGAAAGCCAACUGCCAUUAGGUUUUGAAAAACACAAGAGGGUGACUGAUGCUACACAGACAUCAUCGGUGGAUGUGCUGCUGACAAACCUCAUUGAGGGGAAUCUACUCCCUGAAGCUCUCCUCUGGAUAACCUCCCGACCAGCAGCAGCCAAUCAGGUCCCCUGUAAGUACAUUGACAAGGUGACAGAAGUACGAGGGUUCAACGACAAACAGAAAGAAGAAUACUUUAAGAAGAAUGUUGAGGAUGAGAACCGGGCCAGGAGAAUCAUCUCCCACAUUAAUACAUCAAGGAGCCUCCACAUCAUGUGCCACAUACCAGUCUUCUGUUGGAUUACUGCCAGGGUUCUUGAGCAAAUGUUGAGUGAAGAUGAGAGUGGAGAGAUCACAACUCUGACUGAGAUGUACAAUCACUUCCUGCUCAUUCAGACAAACCUGAAAAGCAAUAAGUAUGAUGGGGAAAGGGAGACGGAUCUGGACAUCAUCAUAGAAAGAAACAAAGAAAUAAUUCUCAAACUGGCACAACUUGCAUUUGAACAGCUGGUGAAGGGCAAUCUCAUAUUCUCUAAGAAAGACCUGGAGGAGUGUGGCAUUGAUGUCAGUGAAGCCUCAGUGUACUCUGGGUUUUGCACAGAAAUCCUGAAAGAAGAGUAUGGGCUGUAUCGGAAGAAAGUGUACUGCUUUGUCCACCUGAGCUUCCAGGAGUUCCUUGCUGCUCUGUACGUGUUCCACUGCUGUGCGAGCAAGAACAUCAAGGCCCUGGAGUCGUUCGUUGGGGAUGUGUCAUCAGAGCUGUCCUUGCAUGAGCUGCUGAAGAUGAUGGUAGAUAAAGCCUUGGAGAGUGAGAAUGGACACCUGGACCUGUUCCUCCGUUUCCUUGUUGGCAUCUCAACAGAAUCCAACCAGAAACUGUUACAAGACCUACUGCCACAAACAGAGAUCAGCUCAGAGACUGUUAAGGAAAUUAAGAAAUACCUCAGGAAGCCAAAUGUAGAUCAAGUCUCACCUGAUAGGUACAUCAAUCUACUCAUCUGCUUGACUGAGAUGAAAGAUGAUUCAGUACAUGAGGACAUUGACAAGUUCCUAAAGUCUGGACUACCUGCAGAAAUAGAAAUGUCCCCCGGUGACUGCUCAGCUCUGGCCUAUGCGCUGCUGAUAUCAAAGGGCGUGCUGGAUGAACUUGACCUACAGAGAUACAACACAUCUAAGGAGGGGCGUUUGAGACUAAUCCCAGCAGUGAGGAGUUGCAGAGAGGCAAUACUUGCUGGCUGUGAACUCACUGAGUGGUUUUAUAAAGCAUUGGCCUCAGUUCUCAGCUCAAAUGACUCUUACCUGAGAAAGCUGGACCUGAGUAAUAAUGACCUGAAGGAUUCAGGAGUGAAGGUGCUCUCUGCUGGACUGGGGAAUCCACACUGUGAACUAGAGACACUGAGGAUGUCAUUCUGUAGAGUCACAGAGGAAGGCUGUGCUUCUCUGGCUUCAGCUCUGGAGUCAAACCCCUCCCAUCUGAGAGAACUGGACCUGAGCUUCAAUCACCCAGGAGACUCUGGAGUGAAGCUGCUCUCUGCUAGACUGGAGGAUCCACACUGUAGACUGGAGAAACUCAAUGUGGACCAUAAUGAAGAGUUCUGGGUUAAACCACAGCUGAUGAAGAAAUAUGCCUGUGAUCUCACACUGGACCCAAACACAGCACACAGAAACCUCUCUCUGUCUGAGGGGAACAGAAGGGUGGAGAGGGUUAAAGAGGAGCAGCCGUAUCCUGAUCAUCCAGAGAGAUUUGAUCACUAUACCCAGGUGUUGUGUAGAGAGGGUCUGACUGGGCGCUGUUACUGGGAGGUAGAGUGCAGUGGGCUGGCUGACAUUGGAGUGACAUGUAAAGGCAUCAGUAGAAAAGGAGAUGGUUCUGCCAGUGAAUUUGGAUACAAUAAGAAGUCCUGGAGUCUGAUCUGCCGUGGGAAUCAUUACGGUGCCCUCCACAAUAGUCAAUAUACUACAAUACAUGCUCCACACCUCAUCAACCCUCCUCAACCCCAGAGAGACCAGUCCUCCUCCCCUCCACGCUUCAUCAACCCUCCUCAACCCCAGAGAGACCAGUCCUCCUCCCCUCCACGCCUCAUCAACCCUCCUCAACCCCAGAGAGACCAGUCCUCCUCCCCUCCUCAACCCCAGAGAGACCAGUCCUCCUCCCCUCCUCAACCCCAGAGAGACCAGUCCUCCUCCCCUCCACGCCUCAGAGUAGGAGUGUUUCUGGACUGGCUGACCGGCACUCUGUCGUUCUACAAGGUCUACUCUGGCUUGAUGACCCACCUGCACACAUUCCAGACCAUAUUCACUGAGCCCCUCUAUCCCACUUUUGGGCUUCAGCAUCCUCACACCUCUGUGUCCCCCGGGUUUGCCAGCAAUCCUGUAUCAUCUGAGGCCACCCGCUGUCCAGAUGAGAUCCUGAUAAUGACAGAAAUAUGCAUAAGGGAAGAAGAAGGAAAAGAGGAAGAUGAUGAUGAAGAAGAAUACAACAGAGAAGUGGAUUUUCUUCUCCUGGAAUACAGUGAUCCAACCUUGUCAAAACAGAAAGGAUCAUCCAUUCCCUUGCCAUGCUCUCACAGUUGGCCUUUUUCUAGUGAGGGGACAUUGGAAGAGGAGAGCGAGGACGGUGUCAGAGGUCAUCUUUCUAACAGCUUACCUGAUGCAAUGGAGAAUUUAACCAUCACAGAGAUUAGAAGAGUCAACCAGGGCCUGUUUACUACUGACCCUCCCAUGAUGGUUUCCAAUACCUUUGAACCAGAAAUCUAUAAUCAUGAGGGCAAGGGAGCAUACCGGUUCCAGUGCCCCAGUGCAGGUCUGUUCCAGUGCAGUAUAACAGGCCUGGUGUUCAGGAUGGAGGGAGAAGGAGAGGUGCUCUAUAGGACAGUCCACUGGGACAGGAAGCUUCUAUCCCAGAGUGGAAAGAGGCCUGCAGGACCCCUGUUCAACAUCGACUGUCCUCAGAAGUCUGUCUGUCAACUACACCUCCCACACUGUCAAAUUCAUUCUUGUGGUGGAUGUGACUUCCUGUCUGUAGCCCAUGUGACUGAUGAUGACAUCAUUGAGUUUCUCCCCCCCCAUGAGACAACAGACACACAUGUCAUAAUAAACAUCACUGGAUUAUCUGCCUAUGGUGAUGUCACAGAUGAUGAUGCUCCCAUCUCCCCCAUACUUGCACAUGUGUUGUUAUUCUACCAACCACUUGGCAAGAGGUCCAUCCUGAAUGUGUUGUUGCUUCCCAGUAAUGUUGUGAGAAAAGAGGUGCGGGAGUUGAUUGAAAGGGAUGGAAUAAGAGAAAUUCUUACAACGUCUCUGUGUACACUUACCCCAAAGCAAGAAUACACCCUCUCCACUAACCCUGCAGAUGCACAUCCAAUACAACCAAACCCAGCAAAAUUUGUGGAUUCCUAUGAAAACUACGUCCCCACAUUUCAGUUGUUUAUUAAACCUGUUGUUGAAGAAGUGAAUCUUCUUCUGGAAGAAAAUAAAGCUGAAAAACUUGUAUGGAACGGACUUGUCUGGCUUCCAGUUACACCACCAGGUGGCGCUACAGCAGGGACAAAAAAUGUUCAUUUUCUGCUGCUUGACAUUCUGGAAGAGCUGGGCCGAGGCGACCUGAAGAAAUUUCAGUGGUACAUUAAUAAGGGUGUGGAGGAAUUUCCUUCCAUCUCAGAGGGCCAGCUGGAGGAUGCUGACAGACUGUUCACAGUGGAUAGGAUGGUACAGAGCUACUGUGAUGAGGGAGCUGUGAAGAUCACACUGGAGAUCCUGAGGAAGAUGGGUCGGAACAACCUGGCUGAGGAGUUAAAGGAGAAGUUGACAAAACAGGUCUGAAUGCCAUAAACUAUCUACAAUAUUAAAGCUGA